AUGAAUAACAGAAGGAACAUUAAUCAUGGCAAUAAAUGUGCUGGUGUUAUAGCUGGUGCAGCUAACAAUGGCGUUUGUGGCGUGGGGUUGGCAUACGAUGCGAAAAUUGCAGGCGUUCGCCUAUUUGAUAAUCCUCAUAACGUAUGGGCAACUGAUGCAAUGGAAGCACAGGCCUUAUUGCACAAAAUAGAAAGUGUCCACAUAUACUCUAACAGCUGGGGGCCUGGUGACACUGCUUGGAGAGUGGAGGGUCCUGGGAAACUGGCCAGUGAAGCUCUGAAACGCGGCAUAGAAAAGGGUCGUGGUCAACUAGGCGCCAUCUAUACUUUUGCAGCUGGAAAUGGUGGCAUGACGGGAGAUAGCUGUGCAUACAGCGGUUAUGUUAAUAGUAUCUAUACCAUUGCCAUAGGCGGUGUGAAUAAAGAUGGCACCCUUCCAAGGUUUUCAGAGGAAUGUCCAGCGAUCAUGGCUACUGCUUACAGCUUUGACAAAUUUAAACCACUGGGAAAAAUAAUAAGCAUUGAUAAUAAGAGAGGAUGUGUGCAAGACUUUGGAGCAACCUCGGCGGCAGCGGCUAUGGCCUCAGGCUUAAUUGCACUGACUCUACAAGCAAAUCCUGACUUAUCAUGGCGUGAUGUACAACACAUAAUAGUUAACAGUGCAAGACGAGCGCCAGGUGGAAAGCCACUUUCGCAUGGCCAGUACGGAAAGUGGGUGAAAAACGGAGCUGGUUUUUAUGUCAGCAAGUAUUACGGCUUUGGGCUCAUGGAUGUGGCAAAGAUGGUGAGCCUAGCAAAGAAUUGGAAGAGUGUCCCCUCGCAGAUAAAGUGUGAGAUUAAAGGCGACGAUAGAGCAAUAGCUAUCCCAGGAAGUGUUUCAGUAGCGUUUAAGGGUUGCCCCAUAAAGUUCUUGGAACACGUGCAAAUCAGGGUGGAUCUUUAUUUUACGCAUCGAGGAGACUUAUCUCUGCGACUUAAAGCGCCAAGUGGGACAACGUCUCCAAUGACUGGACAUCGCCCCAUCGACAACCUCACUCCAUUCAAAAACCUUACAAACUGGCAUAUAACUACCUUGUUUCACUGGGGAGAGAGUCCUGAGGGAAAGUGGGAACUCAGUGUUGAAGAUUUUGACAAGGAAACCCCAACCUCUGGCACUCUUCAUAGCUGGUCCUUGAUUUUGUAUGGUACCACCACGCCCAUCUCAGACCGCCCAAAGGUGCAUUCAACAGCACAUCCAGCAGUGACAACAGUAGAGAAAUUACCAACAUCAAGAUUCGACGCACUGAAAUGGAAGUAUACGCCGUUAGUUGGUGCAGCUAUUGUCAUUCCAUUGUUUGUUGUAAUUGUGGUGGUGAUUCGUUGUUUAUAUACGAGAAAAAGAAUACACCAGACUGGUCAGAUGGAGCGUUCAAUAGAGAUAAUGCAAGAAAAGGAACAAGGACAAGACAGCGGGAUGACUAUCCAUACCAAAGAGGAAUAUGUUUAAGAGUGCCAGAAUCCUGGAGCAGAGUGGUUUGUUGUCCAGUUUAUGUUGUCGUAUGACAAGAUACUCUGCUUGUCCAUCUUCUGAUGUUUUUCAACCAAAAGUACUUCCAAUGAUUAUCAACCAAAAAUGUGCGGUAAACAUUUUAUCCCUUGAAAUCAACCGCCUUUCUUAAAAAUGUGGUUUAGCAGAGUAUCGAGAUCGGAUUUUAUGAGCAUAAUGUGUAUCACUGAUUAAUUUAGUAAUGGUUAUCCUUUGUAGAGCUUUUUCACCGUUUUGAUCAAUAUUCAUCCUCGGAGAGACCCAGGGGCAGUGAGUCGAUUUCAAGUUAAGG